AUGUUAGGUAUUGGUGAAUAUAUUUUAUUGUUAAUAAUACUUUUUUUUAUAAUAUCAACACUUUUUACAAAGUUUGUUGCUGUAGGGUUAAUUGUUAUAGUAACCUCAUUAACAUUUUGGAAAUUAAAUGAAUAUUCUAAUUAUUGGAAAAAAAGAAAUAUACCUUCACCAAAAGGAAAAUUAGGUAUUGGAAAUAUAAUAGAACUUUUUGAAAAUUUUAAAAAUAGUGAUGAAAGAUGGAAAAAAAAGUUUGGAAAGACAUAUGGAUUAAUGAUGGGUUUGACACCAGAUAUAACAACAACAGAUUUAAAUAUUAUUAAAGAGGUUUAUGUAAAACAAUUUGAAAAAUUUAUUGAUAGAGAAACUUUUUUUCCAGGAAGUAAUAAAAAAGAAAAAAGUUUAUUUGCACAUGGAAUGUUUAUGUUAAGAGGAGAUGACUGGAGAAGAGUUAGAAAUUUAUCUUCUCCAGCUUUUACAACCGGAAAAAUGAAAAUGUUUGUAACUUUUUUUAAUGAAACUGCAAAUAAAACUUUAGAACUUUUAAAAAAUUAUGAAUUAGAAGAUAAGCCAAUUGAUAUAAAAAAAAUGUGUGAUGGAAUGACAUUGGAUUCUAUUUUUAAAUCUACUUUUGGUUUAAAAACUGAUUUACAAGAAGAUCCUAAUAACAUUGUUCGUAAGAAUGCUAAGAAAGUAUUUGAUGCAAAUGUUUAUGAUCCAAGAGUUUAUUUCAACUAUCAUAUUAAAGAUGAUAAAGAAAUAAAAUUUUUUACAGAUCUUCUUUCACAAUGUUAUGAAAAAAGAAAAAAAGAAUUAAAAGAAGUAAAUGAUGAUGAUGAUAAUAAAGAAAAAGAUGAAGAUAUUAUGUUUGAAAACGCAACAAAAAGUCAAAAAGCAAAAGGAAUGUCUAAAAUUGAGAUUCUUGCUCAAGGAUUUUUGUUUCUUCUUGCAGGUUAUGAAACAACAGCAAGUACUAUUAAUUUUCUUUUAUUUAUGUUAGCCAAUCAUCAAGAAUAUCAAGAAAAAUGUAGAGAAGAAAUAUUAGAUGCACUUCAGGGAAAAGACAUUAACUAUAUUGAUUAUGAUACAGUAAAUAAGUUAAAUUACCUUGAUCAGUGUGUCAAAGAAUGUUUAAGAAUGUUUCCACCAGCAGGAAAAAUAAAUAGAAUAUGUGUUGAAAAGACAACUAUUAAUGGUAUAGAAUUUGAACCAGGUACAAUGGUAUCAGUACCAAUAUUUAAUUUACAUUAUGAUGAAGAAAUAUAUCCACAACCAAAUAUUUUUGAUCCAGAAAGAUUUUCAACAGAACAAAAAGCAGGAAGGGAUCCAUUAUACUAUAUGCCAUUUGGAUACGGGCCAAGAAAUUGUAUUGGUAUGAGAUUUGCUUACUUAAGUAUAAAAAUUUAUAUUGCUCGUUUUCUAACGAAAUAUAGAUUUAAAACAUGUAAAGAAAGUGUUCCUUUACCAUUGGAAAUUGCUACAGUAUCAUUAACUAAACCUAAAGAUACACUAUAUUUGAAAGUUGAAACAAUAUCCAAUUUAUAA